UCGAAUUGAGUGGGAUCAUAAAGUGAUAGUUAAUUAUUUUCCAUCAUUCGUGUGAGAGAGCCAUUAGAGAAAAUGGGAGAUCGGCUGCUGCAACAAUGGGUUUGUGAUGUUAACGAAGGGCUCAAGAAUAUGGUAGAUCUUCCAACAGAAACAAAUCACUGGAAAAAACGUUCAAUCUACCGGAUACCCACCUGCGUCACUGACCUAAACAAGAAGGCCUUCAAGCCCCAGAUUAUCUCCUUCGGUCCCUACCACCAUGGACAACAUCAUCUUCUGUCAAUGGAGGAGCACAAGCACCGUGCUCUUCUCCAUUUCCUCAAGAGAUGUGGGAAACCAAUCGAGAUGUUGACGAGCUCGCUAGCUGAAGUUGCUCAGAAUCUUAAAGAUGCUUAUGAACCGCUAGAUCCCGAGUGGAAAGAAGACACGGGUAGGUUCUUGCAGCUGAUGAUCCUUGAUGGGUGUUUCAUGUUAGAAGUUUUAAGAUCUUAUUAUAGUCAUAAAUCCAAUGACUAUUCUCCAAACGAUCCCAUCUUCAGUAGUCAUGGUAAGCUCUACAUUAUGCCGUACAUCAGGCGCGACAUGUUGAUGCUUGAGAAUCAGUUGCCCAUGUUGGUGUUGGACAAGCUGCUUGCUGUUGAGAGUGACCAUGCCAAUUAUCAGGAGGAUGAAGAAUUUUUAAACAAGCUCAUAAUAUUGUUCUUUGAGAUCACGGACAAUGUGCCUAAACUGGGGAAGUGCCUGCACGUAUUGGAUGUACAUAGAAAGAGCCUACUUCAGGAACCCAAAGGAAAGUCAUAUCAACCAUCGAAUAUGAAUGUUAUAGGCGGCGAAGGGAUAAUUCGAUCAGCAAUAGAGCUUGACGAAGCCGGAAUCAGAUUCAAGAAAAGUCGAACGACAAGUCUCAAGGACAUCUCCUUUUCUGGAGGUGUCCUGAGGCUUCCGGUGAUCGUGGUUGACGAUACAACUGAGUCGAUGUUCCUGAACCUGAUGGCUUUCGAGCGCUUCCAUGUAGGCGUAGGCAAUGACGUGACGUCGUAUAUCUUCUUCAUGGACAACAUCAUAGACAGUGCAUUAGAUGUUGCUCUGUUGCAUUCAAGAGGGAUCAUUCACAAUGCCAUUGGAAGCGAUAACGCUGUCGCUAAGCUGUUCAACUCAAUGUCCAAGGAUGUGACUUUGGAUCCAGAAAGUAGCUUGGAUAUGGUGUAUAAAAGUAUUAACAAGUACUGCAAACAGCCAUGGAAUAAGUGGCGUGCAAAUCUUAUACAUACAUACUUUAGAAAUCCAUGGUCCAUUAUUUCCCUUGUUGCGGCUGUUUUUCUUUUUGCAAUCACCAUUGUCCAGACUGUUUAUGCUCUAUGUGACUACUACCGUCAAAACUGAAGCUUUAAAUGCGAAAUUGAAUGUUCAAAAACGAAAAUGAUAUGUAUCACGAUUUUUGGCCUUGGAAGAAAAUCACAAUAAAGGAACAUCUCCUCUGUUCACACUAUGGCCUGUCUCAGAUCUAGAAAAUACAGAGAAUUUACUCUCUAAAUGCUCUCUCUUGUUUUUUGAGUUGGGUUCUGAUAAGGAUACAGGUGGACUACCAAUCAAAGAGCUAAUGAAGAAUUAAUGAACAGAAAAGGAAAGAAGCAAUAAAGAA